AUGAGUAGCGAAGGUGAGGCUGAAACAGGAAACAAUAAGCCACCUACUGUGCCAAUUAAGAACACCACUACUGUGCCAAUUAAGAACACUACCAAAUCUCACUCUAAACCCACACCACCUUGUGUGUUACUGGAUACUUUGCAUGUAUCUCAGCCGCCAUUUCAGCCGUACGAUGAUGCUCUUGUCGGUUAG